UGCCGCCAGCUGUAUCGUCGCUGCUCCCGCAGCCGCCGCCGUAAAAAGUUUGCGGCUGCCGACGCGCGUGAGGCUCCGCGAGAACCGCGCCGGGACAAGGCAGCGGCUCGAGCAGCGGGAAGACCAGGGCGAGGGGGCCCCUGCCCGCGGCGACCCCUCCGCGCGCCGCCAGCGGACCGUUAACGGCGCCGCGGCGCGCGCCCAACGGCCGGGGGGCAGGGGCGAGGCGGGGCCCCCGGGCCGCCCCCGCCGGGCCGCUCCCGGCGUCGCCCCGCGCUUGUCCGCCGCUCCCGCCUCAGGAAAGCAGCUGUUGCCGGGAAGAUGGCGAGCUGCAGCCUCUGCCUGCUCCUUCUCAGUUACUUGGGGGUCCUCUGCUAUCAUAAAGUGACUGGAAUUUCCAUUGAAACGGAUAACAAAAACGUAAAAGCAGAAGAGUUUAAAGAGGCUAUUCUUAGCUGCAAGCACAAAUUUUCAAAAGAGAUGAGUCUAAGAAUAGAAUGGAAGAAAAUCCAGUCUCGGGGAGUCUCGUUUGUUUAUUACAAUGGUGAAUUUACAGGUGAUUUGAAAGACCGAGCAGAGAUGCUCAAUACAGGAAUCCAUAUUAGAAAUGUGACCAGAAAGGAUUCUGGGACCUACCGUUGUGAAAUUAGUGCAAAGAGUGAAGAUAGCCCACACUUGAGAGAGGCUACUAUUAUGCUCACAGUGUUGGUUGCUCCAACCACUCCAAUAUGUGAGGUACCCAGCUCUGCAAUGACUGGAACAGUAGUGGAACUGAGCUGUAAAGAAACUGAAGGGUCUCCUCCAUCCGAGUACCAGUGGUAUAAAAACGGUGUUGCCUUGCUGGAAAAGACCGGAACAGGUGGUGCUAGAGCAGCAAAUAUAACGUACACUAUGAAUAAAAAGUCAGGCACUCUGCUAUUUAACACAGUUACAAAGAAUGACACUGGAGAGUAUUUCUGUGAAGCUUCUAAUGGGAUUGGAUUAUCUCAGAAAUGCUCAGUGAAGCGAAUGCAAGUUGAUGACCUUAAUGUAAGUGGCAUAAUUGCUGCUGUAGUAUUUGUGGCUCUGGUAAUGGCACUAUGUGGCCUUGGAGUAUUUUACGCCCAAAAAAAGGGUUACUUUACAAAGGAAAGCUCUUCCCAAAAGAAGUCCAACUAUCAAUCUACAAGUGAAAAGGAUUUCAAGCAUACCAAAUCCUUUGUUAUUUAGAAGACUUCAGCCUCUGUGAGGGACAGCAAAUGACUACUUUUUAUACAAAACAUCAAAAGGAUCUUUUGACUUCCAUUCUGUAAAGUUUCCAUGUAUUACACGCUGAAAAUAGAAACUGCUAAUGUUUAGUCAACCUAUUGUGUAUUGGUUGUAUUCCCCCCCCCUGUUUUUUAAAAAAUUUUAACUUAAAGAUAGAAAUAAACAGACUAUAAAAGUCAA